GUCAGUAAAACUGGGGCUGAAGGAAUGGUCUUAGACGAAGCUAAAAACAUCAACAAGUCUCUUUCUGCUCUCGGUAAUGUUAUUUCUGCUCUGGCUGAUGGGAAUAAGACCCACAUUCCCUACCGUGAUAGUAAACUGACUAGAAUUCUUCAAGAAAGUUUGGGAGGAAAUGCACGCACCACUAUCAUCAUAUGUUGUUCUCCAGCUUCGUUUAAUGAAACCGAGACUAAGUCUACGCUCGACUUUGGUAGAAGGGCAAAAACCAUAACAAACAAUGUCAUUGUCAAUGAAGAACUAACAGCAGAAGAAUGGAAGCGUAGAUAUGAAAAAGAAAAGGAGAAGAACACUAAACUUAAGGCUCAGCUAGAAUGUGCUGAAUCUGAAUUAAAUCGCUGGAGGAGCGGUGAAACAGUACCACAUGAUGAGCAACUUCCAAGCAAGGACCUAGAGACUAGUACCAUCAGCUUGCCCGAGUCUGCUCCACCCCCAGUGUCUGCUGAACCAAUGACCAACGAGGAACGAGCCAAAUUUCAAGAAGAACAGUCUCGUCUCUUCAGUCAGUUGGAUGAAAGGGAUGAUGAAAUUGAUCGUCAGAGUCAGCUUAUCGAAAAGUUAAAAGAACAAAUGAUGGAACAAGAAGAG